GUCGGCUUCGGCCGAGGUCUGUGAAGAAUAUCUCAUAUUUAUGAGCUACUUUCAAAAUUGAAGCACCGCGGGGUUCGUAGCUCAAAUAAAACCACAAUACCACGGAAAGUUUCAACCUCCACCUUAGAUUCUGGGAUCAUCAAAGCCAAUAUGGCAUCAACCACCACAUCAACAUUAACAGCUUCAGCUGAAACUUCAGAUAACACAACUCUCCUCAAGCUCAGCUCAGCCGAGGGCCCCGUUUACCGCCACAUCAAGAACAUCCCCCUCCGCGACGCACGACCCGAUGAAAUCCCCAUCAUCGACUUAUCCACCAUCUCCUCUCCCUCACUCUCCUCUCGACAGUCAAUCGCCACCCAAAUCCACCAGGCCGCAACCCACAACGGAUUCUUCUACGUCAAGAACCACGGCAUCGCCUCAUCCACCAUCGAAAAUGCAUAUUCCUCUGCGCUCGAAUUCUUCAGGCAAUCAGAAGACAUCAAACAGAAAGUUGACGCUACAAAUUCAAAAUCUAUGAAUGGAUGGAAAGCACCUAAGACCCAACGAAUCAAUGCUUCGGAGAGUAUCGAUGUCAGAGAGACGUUUUCGUUUCGGUAUAAUCCAGUCUACGACCCCGAAGUACCCGAUGAGAUACCAGAGAACGUCAAAAACACAGUAACAAUCGACGACUUUUGCUGGGAUCAAACAUAUAAUCUUCCUCAUUUCAAAGACCACAGUCUUGAUUACUGGCGCGAGACAGUCAAAUUGGCAAGAACCCUGACCAGGAUCUUUGCUCUGGCGCUUUCGCUGCCGGAGGAGUAUUUUGAUGCUAAAAUCAAGUAUCCAGAUGCUGGUGUGGCGAUCAAUUACUAUCCCCCCAUGCCCGCUUCCUCUGAGCAAGCAGGGGAGAAUAGUAUUGGUUCACACACUGAUUUCCAACUGUUCACUAUUCUGUGGCAAGAUAACAACGGCGGUCUCCAAGUCUUGAACCGGGACGGAGAAUGGAUUAAUGCUGCUCCGAUUGAAGGCACGUUCGUGGUCAAUAUCGGGGAUUAUCUGCAGAGGAUUACGAAUGAUCGGUAUAUCAGUACGGUGCAUCGAGCGCGGAAUCUGAGUGGGAAGGAGAGGAUUUCUAUGCCGUUGUUUUUUGGGUUUAAUUUGGAUGAGAUGUGUGGGUUGUUGGAGAUUUGUGUGGAUGAGGAGCAUCCGGCGAGGUAUGAGGCGAUUUCGUGUAGGGAUUGGGUGCAGAAGAGGGUUAAGGCUAUGCAUACUGUUUGAUAAAGCUUCAAUCAUAAUCUGCUACUUUGUCCAAUG